AUGUCGUCAGCCGUGUUGCCAUGGCAAUCGAACCCGGUGUCUGGAACGGGGUCCAUCCACGAGGCUGCAGAUCUGGGCGACAUAAGGAAAUUGGAAGAGUUCAUUCAAAGGGGGCUGGACAACGGCUACCCGGACCGGGUCAGCCUUCAGGUGCGGGAUGAGCUGCUGGGAGCCAUGCCGCUUCACUUUGCCGCGGAGCGCGGACAUCUCAACGUGGUGGAGUUUCUCGUCCAGCAUCAGGUGGACAUCGAUGCCGGAGACAACAACCGCGUGACGGCCUUGCACCUGGCCAGCAUAACCAACAGUGUACGCGUGGUUGACUUUCUCAUCCAAAACGGCGCCAAAGUGGCACUCCCGGACUGCACUGGGGACACCCCCUUGCACUGGGCGGCCACGCGCGGACACCCCCAGACAGCAGAGAUACUCGUACAGCACAAGGCCCCCGUGGACCCGUCCAACCACCAAGGCUGGACCCCGCUCCACAGGGCUGCUUUCAACGGCCGCACGUCCACCUGCGAGUUCCUCCUCAAAAGGGGGGCCAGCCUGCAGGCCGUUAACGUUGACGGCAACACCGCCCUGCACGUGGCCUGCGCCUCCAACCGCAUGACGACGGCGGAGUAUCUGCUGACGUGGGACACGCCCCUGGACAUACGCAAUGCUGAGGGCCGCACGCCGGCGGACAUGGUGAGCGAGAAAUUCGCAGAGGCCAUGGCGGAGAUCGUGGCCACGCACCAGAGGGAGAAAAAACGCCCCAGGGCGUACCUGGCAAAGCAGGCCAUCAAGAGGAUGCAGACAAGGACGAGCGUGGCCCCGUCGAGGCCGGAUUCGGGAGUGGGUCGCGCAUCCCCGGGUGCCCGGGCGGGUGUGAGGAUGCCAUCUUCACCUGAGGCGCGACGGCCCUCUUUGCCGCACAGGGCGCUCAGGGAACGCGACGCACUGGGCUUUCCGCUGGUGGCGGAGGAGACGCCCAGCCUGCCUCCCCCGACGCCCGAAUUCGGUGAGCUGGAGCUGGUGUCGUACAUUGAGGCGUCCAGGAGGACCCCGCUCUCCCCCAGGAGCGGCUCGUCAGGGUCAGGUCCUGCACAGGGCCUCGUGGGCACGGACCGGCAGGAAGACGUCGACCUGCUGUCGUCGAGCUCCGUCGUCAAGACGACCACAGGUGCUGGGGGCGUGGGCGGGCGCCUGGGGGGCGAGCUGAAAGCCGUGGACGACGAUCUGAUGUCGCCUUGGGACAGCGAUGACGACGACAAGGAGCGAGGCGACGGCCGUGAUGACGUGGGGCAUGCCAAGUCGGGCGUCGUCAGGGGAGAUGAUUUGUUGGGAGGAGUAAAGAGGCGGUCUUCUUUCAACGUCAAGUUCCUGGAGAAAUACAACCUGCAGAAGCACACCCUGUUCGCGCCCUGA